GCGAGGCAAAGGUAAGUUGAAUUAGUUAAAUUUAAGCUCCAUGGCCCAACCGGGGUCUAUGUCUGCAGAAACUGAGACACUGAGCCAUGUCCUGGGUCUGGUGGAGGCAUUCAGAGCAUUCGAUGCAGACAACGAUGGAGCAAUCAAUGCUGCGGAGCUGGGUGGAAUCCUGGGUUCGCUUGGUUACAACGCUAGUGAACAAGAUGUAAGGGCAAUGAUGCAACAAGGAGACACUAACAAGGAUGGAUUGCUGAGCAUCGAAGAGUUCCUGGAGAUGAACACGAAGGACAUGGAACUCGGGGGCCUUGCAAGUGCUCUCAGUAGCGCUUUUCCUGCUUUUGGUUUUGAUGGGGAAGAGGCUGUGACAGCGACGGAGUUAUAUCAAAUCAUGGGGAAUCUUGGAGUUGAGUUGUCCUUGGAGGAUUGCCAGGGGGUUAUUGCUUCCAUGGAUGCAGAUGGCGAUGGAGCUGUUAGCUUUGAGGACUUCAGACUAAUAGUUAAUUCCCUCCUCUAGAUCAAACUUCAAAUCCCGCGUGUUUUAAUUAAUUAAACAAAUCAUGUUUACCAUCUAGGUCUCCGGGCGCUUUCUGUCCACGCAUGGGAAACAAGAAAGUCAAGAACAUAUGUAUACUAGCAAAAGUCCUUUACGUUACUUAGAAUUUCUCUUUCUAUAAAGUCAUGAACUUAAUUUACUA